AUGCGUGAAAUUAUCUCUAUUCACAUUGGUCAAGCUGGUGUCCAAGUAGGUAAUGCCUGUUGGGAAUUGUACUGUUUGGAACACGGUAUCAGCAAGGACGGUACCAUCUCCAAUGAAUCGGAACUUGCCAAGUCAAAGAACAAAUCGUUCGGUACCUUCUUCAGUGAAGCUUCCAACAAGAGCAAGGUCGUCCCACGUGCCGUCUUUGUCGAUCUCGAGCCAUCAGUCGUCGAUGAAGUCCGUACCGGUUCCUACAAGAACCUCUUCCAUCCAGAGCAAUUGAUCUCCGGUAAGGAAGAUGCCGCUAACAACUAUGCUCGUGGUCACUACACCGUCGGUAAGGAGAUGAUCGAGAAGACUUUAGAUCGUAUCAAGAUCUUGGCUGACGACUGUGACGGUCUCCAAGGUUUCAUGGUCUUCCACUCUGUCGGUGGUGGUACCGGUUCCGGUUUCGGUUCGCUCCUCCUCCAACACCUCUCACACGACUACGGUAAGAAGUCCAAGUUGGAUUUCUGUGUCUACCCAUCACCACAGGUUUCCACCGCCGUCGUUGAGCCAUACAACUCUGUCUUGUCGACUCAUGCACUCCUCGAGAACACCGACGUCGCCUUCAUGUUGGACAAUGAAGCCAUCUAUGACAUCUGUCGUCGUUCAUUGAACAUCGAUCGUCCAUCCUACACCAACUUGAAUCGUUUGGUCGCUCAAGUCAUUUCUUCGCUCACUGCCUCACUUCGUUUCGAUGGUUCAUUGAACGUCGAUAUCAACGAGUUCCAAACCAACUUGGUUCCAUUCCCAAGAAUUCACUUCUUGCUCUGCUCAUACGCUCCAGUCAUCACCCAAGAGAAGGCAGGUCACGAGCAAUUCUCUGUCGGUGCCCUCACCAACGCCGUCUUUGAACAACAAAACAUGAUGGCCAAGUGCGACCCACGUGAAGGUAAAUACAUGGCCUGUUGUUUGAUGUACCGUGGUACCGUCGUACCAAAGGAUGCCCAAAAGGCCGUCGCCGACCUCAAGACCAAGAAGACUAUCUCCUUUGUCGAUUGGUCACCAACCGGUUUCAAGUGCGGUAUCAACCACGAACCACCCACCGUCGUUCCAGGUGGUGAUUUGGCCAAGGUCGAGAGAGCCGUCUGUAUGUUGUCCAACACCACCGCUAUCUCCCAAGUAUUCACCAGAAUCAACCACAAGUUCGAUCUCAUGUACACCAAGCGUGCUUUCGUUCACUGGUACGUCGGUGAAGGUAUGGAGGAAGGUGAGUUUGCCGAGGCUCGUGAAGAUCUCAACGCCUUGGAGAAGGAUUACGAAGAAGUCGCCGAAGAAGGUGGAGAAGAAGUUGCUGAAGAGAUGUAA